AUGUCAAAAACUUUAAUCAUGCGUGGCUAUCAAAUGAGAAACUUGAUAAAAAGUUCUCGACUCAUUUCCCCUGGGAUAUACAAUUUGCAGACUGCUAUCAAGAGAUAUGGUAGCGUCUCAGGCACCCCACCAGUCUCUUUCACCUCGGCCUCUGUCUUCGAUGCAGCUGUUCAGGCGAAAAAUCCUCGUUAUAAUUGGACCAAGGAUGAAAUUAGCACUAUUUAUAAUGUGCCUCUUAUGAAGCUAGCUUUUGCAGCUGGAUCGGUCCACAGAAGAUUCCACAAGCCAGAUGCAAUUCAAAUGUGCACAUUGAUGAAUAUUAAAACUGGUGGAUGUAGUGAGGAUUGUUCAUAUUGUGCUCAAUCCUCUCGGUACGAUACUGGUUUGAAAGCUUCAAAAAUGGUCACAGUAGACUCUGUUCUCGAAGCGGCACGAGUGGCAAAAAGUAAUGGCAGCACAAGAUUUUGUAUGGGAGCUGCCUGGAGAGACAUGCGAGGGCGAAAGUCAGGCCUAAAAAAUAUCAAGGAAAUGGUCUCUGGUGUUCGAGGGAUGGGUAUGGAGUGCUGCGUCACACUCGGAAUGAUUGAUCUUGAGCAGGCCAAAGAGUUAAAAGAGGCAGGUCUUACAGCAUAUAAUCACAACGUUGACACAUCGAGGGAGCAUUAUCCUUCAGUAAUCACAACUCGAACGUAUGACGAACGGUUACAGACCAUCGCAAACGUUAGAAAUGCUGGCUUAAGUGUUUGUACUGGAGGUAUUUUGGGACUCGGCGAGAAAGCAAAAGACCAUGUAGGACUCAUUCACACUGUCGCAACAAUGCCAGCUCAUCCCGAAAGUUUCCCCGUCAAUACACUAGUACCAAUCAGAGGAACUCCUCUAGGUGAGACACCUAAAAUAUCAUUCGAUGCUACACUUCGCACAAUUUCGACAGCUCGCCUAGUGAUGCCACGCACCAUCAUUCGUCUCGCUGCAGGUCGGACUACAUUAUCGGAAGAGCAGCAGGUACUGUGCUUUAUGGCAGGGGCAAACGCGGUGUUUACUGGGGAAAAGAUGCUGACGACUCCUUGCAAUGGCUGGGAUGAAGACAGCCAGAUAUUUCACAAGUGGGGGCUAAGGCCUAUGGAAAGCUUUGAGGUUGAUGCUUGGAGGGAGGAAUUCAUCGCCGAGUCACCUAAUGUCGCGAAGGACGGUAUACCGAAUGCCGUAUUGGAAUCUACACCUUAA